AUGGUUUUGGAUGACCUACCGAACUUAAAGGAUACAUGUGCCUCCUUGUACUCCUCAGCUAUGGAAGACUUAGAGGUGGAUUUUGAUUCAGGACUGGAGGAAGAUGAACUGAAACAGGAGGCUGCUCCUGAGGAUUCCACGAUCUUUCUAGCUUUUAAGGGAAAUAUAGGUGACAGAGACUUUGAGCAGAAACUAGACGUCAUAUUGGAGAAUGUGCCUGGCCUGUUACACAUGGAAUCUGACAAGUUAAAACUGCAGAAGAUAGAGCCUUGGAACAGUGUCCGCGUCACCUUCAACAUACCCCGUGAAGCUGCUGAGCGGCUGCGAAUUCUGGCUCAGAAUAACAACCAACAGCUUCGUGACCUGGGAAUUCUCUCAGUUCAGAUUGAAGGGGAAGGCGCUAUCAAUUUAGCGUUAGCUCAGAACAGAAGCCAGGAUGUCCGAAUCAAUGGGCCCCUGGGAGCGGGCAGCUCGGUGCGAAUGGAAACAGCGUUUCCCAUGCAGGGGGGACAAGGUUUAAUAAGAAUGAGCAAUGCUGCGGCUGUCAUGAUGUCCCAGAGUGGAAAUGUGCCCUCCUCUAUGGUGGCGAGUGGUGCUAGUGCUGAGCUGCAGCCAAGAACACCUCGGCCUUCCUCACAGCCAGAUGCAAUGGACCCACUCUUAUCUGGGCUAAAUAUCCAGCAGCAAAAUCAUCCAUCUGGAUCUUUAGCUCCCCAGCUCCAUUCAAUGCAGUCAGUUCCUGUAAACAGGCAGAUGAACUCAGCCAACUUUCAGCAGCUACAGCAGCAGACGCAGUUGCAGACACGUCCUCCCCAGCCACAUCAGCAGCCACAGCAGGGUAUUCGACCUUCAUUUACUUCACCAGCACAGGUUCCAGUUCCCCCUGGCUGGAACCAGCUUCCUUCUGGAGCACUUCAGCCUCCUCCAACCCAGGGAGCACUGGGUACAUUGACAGUAAACCAGGGUUGGAAAAAGGCCCCGUUGCCUGGACAAAUGCAGCAGCAGCUUCAAGCAAGACCGUCUCUAGCAACAGUACAAACUCCUACUCAUCCUCCACCUCCAUAUCCUUUUGGAAGCCAGCAAGCUUCCCAGGCUCACUCAAACUUUCCCCAAAUGAGCAAUCCUGGCCAGUUUACUGCUCCUCAAAUGAAAAGCCUUCAGGGAGGGCCCUCACGGGUUCCCGCACCACUACAGCAACCCCACCUGACCAACAAGUCUCCUGCUUCCUCUCCCUCCUCCUUCCAGCAGGGAUCUCCUGCAUCAUCUCCAACAGUUAACCAGACGCAGCAGCAGAUGGGACCAAGGCCUCCCCAGAGUAGCACGCUUCCCCAGGGAUUUCAGCAGCCUGUCAGUUCUCCUAGUCGUAAUCCUAUGGUGCAGCAGGGGAACGUGCCCCCCAGCUUCAUGGUGAUGCAGCAGCAAAACCAAGGUCCUCAAGGUUUACACCCUGGUUUAGGAGGAAGGCCCAAGCGCCUUCCGCCAGGGUUCCCUGCAGGCCAGGCCAACCAGAACUUCAUGCAAGGUCAGGUGCCUUCCACAGCUCCAGGAACACCGGUGAACAGCGGAGCGCCGCAGCUGCAAACCAGCCAAAACGUGCAGCACACAGGUGGCCAAGGAUCUGGACCUCCUCAAAAUCAGAUGCAAGCACCACAUGGCCCACCAAAUAUGAUGCAGACCAAUCUAAUGGGACUUCAUGGCAACAUGAACAACCAGCAGGCUGGUGCUAGUGGGGUGCCACAAGUUAACAUGGGCAACAUACAGGGACAGCCUCAGCAAGGACCACAGUCUCAGCUUAUGGGAAUGCAUCAGCAAAUUGUGUCCUCUCAAGGACAGAUGGUAAACAUUCAGGCUCAGGGAUCACUGAACCCUCAAAACCAGAUGAUACUUUCUCGAACUCAGCUCAUGCCGCAAGGCCAAAUGAUGGUGACGCCACAAAACCAAAAUCUUGGUCCUUCUCCCCAAAGGAUGACCCCACCCAAACAGAUGAUUCCCCAGCAGGGACAACAGAUGAUGCCUACACACAAUCAGAUGAUGGGACCUCAGGGCCAGGUCUUGUUACAGCAAAACUCGAUGAUGGAACAGAUGAUGACCACUCAGAUGCAAGGAAAUAAACAGCCUUUUAGUACUCAAAACCAGUCCAAUGUUAUGACGGGGCCAGCUCAGCUGAUGAGAGGACCAACCCCAAAUGUGCAAGGAAACAUGGUGCAGUUCACUGGGCAGAUGAUGGCACAGCAAGGCCCUGUGAAUGGUAAUCCUUCUCAGGUUAUGGGAAUUCAAGGGCAAGUUUUAAGACCCGCUGGGCCUGGUCCUCACAUAUCUCAGCAACUUGGGGAUGCUGCUACUACAACAAAUAAUGACGUGAACUUGACGCAGAUGUUACCUGAUGUUCCUGUGCAGCAGCCAAACAUGGUGCCUUCUCAUAUGCAAACAAUGCAAGGAAACAGCAGUGCUUCAGGGGGUCAUUUCUCUGGCCAUGGGCUGCCUUUCAAUACGGGGUUUAGUGGAACGCCGAAUGGGAAUCAGAUUUCCUGUGGGCAGAAUCCUGUUUUUCCUGUCAAUAAAGAUGUUACGCUCACAAGUCCACUCUUGGUUAACCUUCUGCAAAGCGAUAUAUCAGCAGGACACUUUGGUGUGAACAACAAACAAAAUAAUCAGAAUGCCAACAAGCCGAAGAAGAAGAAGCCUCCAAGGAAGAAGAAAAAUAAUCAACAACUGGAACAAACGACUUCUUCAGAACCGCGUCCAGCUGGCCUGGAGGAGAGUGAUCAGUCAUCGAUGUCUGGAGAACAAGGGAUUAAUUUGGAUAAUUCAGGCCCUAAGCUUUCAGAUUUUGCAAGUAGACCACCAGCAUCUUCGCAACAUUUAACACAGAAAAAAAGUUCAGUUGCAACAUCAGAAAGUACUGUUCAAAGAACAGAACUUGAAACAAAUGCUCCAGUAGUUGCUGGUCAAAGUAAUGAGACAAAAGAGAAUUGUGAAAAGUCUAAAACUCCAAGUAGAAGAAAUUCAAGAACAGAGGAUUCUGCCGCUUCACAGGAAACUGUAGAGAAUGGCCAGCGCAAGAGGUCCUCCAGACCAGCGUCUGCAUCCAGCACUGCAAAAGGUGUAACGAGUGCAAUGCAGUCAAAAAGAAGAAAAUCCAAGUAA